AUGGCUGAUCAGAUCAGAGCCAUGCAAGACAAGUUGAGUUGUGUUGCCUCAGCAUCAGGAGGAGUACAGAGGACCGCAGUCGUCCCACGACCAGUGGAUCUCUCCGAGGACGAGCCUCACCACGACACCAUUGGCGGUCGGCCACCGCCUCCUGACCAGCCACGUCAUUCCUCCUUCGAGCCGCGACAGCAUCGGAAGAAGCGCCACCGAGACCACCACACCGCGAGAUCAUCCGACGCACAAGCUGACGCGGACUUGCCAUUCAGGCGAUGCAGCUCUGUUUCGAGACAGACGGCGCUGACGGAUCAUCACACUCCGCCGACGAGAGCUCCACCGGACCAGUACAACACGGAGUGA